CAGAGCAUAUGAUUUUUCUUGAUUCUCUCCGUAGAAAGAAAGAAAAUUAAGAUCACAACAUUAAAUGGAAACAAAAAAGUGGAAGAGAUGGAUACUCGUAGAAGAAGAUACUCCGUAUAUGGAAAUGGAAGGAGAGAGAACGCUUUUAAACUCAAUUAGACCGGUUCACUUAGACUCACCUAAUUUUUAUUAAAACCUAGUUUUACUUUGUAUAGGCAAGAAUUACCUUACAAAAUUCUUCAAAUUGCAAAUCUUAAACGAAUUUCGGAUUUCAAAAACAAAAAAAAAAUCUCAAUUUGACAAAUAAUGCUGCGAACGUGGCGAAAGGUAACCUUGGCGUCUUGGCGGUCACCGUCUCACCAAUUGACAACAAAGGCGUAACAACAGCGGCGCCGGCGAGGUGUGAGAGGAUGAUGAUGCCAUCGUCGUCAGUGAUGAUUCGGCGGUUCUGCUGCUUCAGCGCCGCCUCUAGUCCUGCUACCACUUCGGUGAUGAAAUCCAUUUCUAAGAAGAACCGUCUUGUCUUCUUGGGUUCCCCUCAGGUAUCUGUGUCGGUUCUAGACGCUUUAUUCGACGCCGCAGCUACGCCGGAUUCCUCCUUUGAGGUAGCUGCUAUCAUCACUCAGCCUCCCUCUGGUAGAGAUAGAGGAAGGAAAGUUAUGCCUUCACCAGUUGCACAACACGCUCUUGACCACGGCUUUGCAUCUGAUAUGAUCUUCACACCUGUGAAAGCUGGUGAGGAACCCUUUCUUUCAAACUUUAAAGCUUUGGAGCCUGAACUCUGCGUCACUGCUGCUUAUGGGAAUAUAUUGCCCACAAAGUUUCUAAACAUCCCAUCAAAGGGCACAGUCAAUGUACACCCAAGCUUGCUGCCAUUAUACCGUGGAGCUGCCCCUGUUCAAAGAUCACUACAGGAUGGUGUCAAAGAAACUGGAGUAUCAUUAGCAUAUACUGUUCGCCAACUUGAUGCUGGCCCAGUUAUUUCCUAUGAAAAAGUGGAAAUUGAUGAUAAAAUAAAGGCUCCAGAAUUACUUGAGCUACUCUUUUCACUAGGGUCUAGCCUUAUAAUCCGCGAGCUUCCCUCAAUUUUGGAUGGGUCGGCUAAGUUAAAGGCACAAGAUCAAGAUGACUCUCUAGCUUCCUUGGCUCCAAAGAUAUGUCCUGAUGAGUCAUGGCUAUCCUUUGAUGAAGAAGCAACUGUCCUUCACAACAAGGUUCGAGCAUUUGCAGGGUGGCCUGGAACUAGAGCUAGACUUGCGGUUGUUGAUUCCAAAAGUAACCUGAAUAGCAUCAUAGAGCUGAAAAUCAUCACAACGAAAGUUCACAACAAUGUAAUAACUCAGGAUGGUGAUGAUGAAGAAUUGUUGUUCCGUAAAGGAUCCCUAAUAGUUCCAUGUGGUGGGGGCUCGACACUUGAAGUACUAGAAGUUCAACUCCCAGGUAAAAAAGUGGUUAAUGCAGCUGCUUUUUGGAAUGGUUUACGAGGCCAAAGAUUAAAAAAGAUUAAAGUAUAGAAGCUCAUGCACAUAAAGAGAGCUUCAACUUCUUCAAGAAGUAGCCUUUGGCAAGGUGGUCCCAGAAGCACCAAAUCAAGGAUGCAGCAGCCAGUAUGGUGGCAGAUUUUUAUGUGAUUGAGAAAGAAGUUGUGAAUGCCUAUGAAUGUUAUGACAAAGAUGAAAGCCAGAGUUUUGUUACCUACUCACAUUUGGGCUUCCAUUUUAAUCCAAGGAUGAAUGUUUCAUUUAAACUAAGUUGCUAGUUUUACACGCAAACAUAUAUACAUAGAUAAAUUUUGCCAGUGUUCAUAUCAAGCGUCCUUGAUGGGAAUUCCGUCACGCCAACUCCA